AGGACUCGCUCGAUUUUGCGUUGCGUUGUUCAGAUCAGUCAACACGACGUUAACCUUCUAUAGUAUGGAGCGGGGCAGCGGGGGCGGGGGGAGCCUCGAGCUUGCUGGAGGCGGAGGAGGCGGCGGCGGGAACACGGAUCUGUGUCUUCAGGAUCUCGUGACGGGAUCGACGACCGGAUUGUCGUCGGUCCAACAUCACCAGCACCCUGCCGCCGCGGCGUCCAUGGCCGGGCUUCACGGCGACCAUCUUCAGGGAACGAUGCACCAUCACGACCUUCACGGCAACUCGCACCACGACGCGCCCAUGCUGCACGACUCUAGCCAUCCGUUGCACGAACCCCUGGAGAAGCUGAAACUAUGGGCACAGGACGACUUCCCGGACGAUUUGGCCGGGGGUUUGGUGAGGAUCCAUUUGACGGGUCACGGAGCUCACACUCCCGGUGACAGCAACCCCAGUACACCGGGUGCGACACCCACGACACCCUCUGGUGGAUUUUCUACCGCACAGACUAGGUCUCGCACGAACACGAUACACAGGCUGGAUAUUCGAAAAGAUGUUGCAACACCAAUAGAAGUAAAACACGAAUUGGGAGCCGGCGGAGGGGUGGUCUCUCCCAAUGGCGUGGUUGGGGUAAACAACGCGGACGAUAAGGAUGGAAAGAAAAACAAACGACAGAGGCGACAAAGGACGCAUUUUACGAGCCAUCAACUUCAGGAGCUGGAGUCUUUGUUCUUGAGGAAUCGGUAUCCGGACAUGGCGGCCAGGGAAGAGAUAGGUCUGUUCACGAAGCUGCCUGAACCUCGAGUCAGGGUAUGGUUCAAAAACAGGCGAGCGAAAUGGCGGAAGCAGACGCGCAACGCGAACACCGCAGCCGACGGGGUGGACUUCAAGCCAGGCUACAGCUCCAGUUUGAACAGCUUCAUCGGCCAGCCAUUCACGGACCCAGAUGCCCUCUACAGUUCGUAUAGCACGUACAACAACUGGGCCGCGAAGGUUCCGUCGCCUCUGAGCAGCAAGAGCUUCCCGUGGGUGAACACCCUGGGCACCAUGGUACCGACAGCGUCGCACCACCAUCACCACGCCCAAGUUAGCCCUGUAAACUGUUUCAACGCCGCGGCGACGUCCGUCGCUGGGAAUCACAUGGGUGGAAUGCCGGUAUCGGUGGGCCAGGCGGCCACGUCCAUGCUACCAGCCAUGGGGUCGGGCCUAGGGGUAGCCGGUUCACCCGUCGCGGCGACAGGAGCCGCGUGUCCUUAUGCGGCUCCAGCCGCGCGACACCAUCCUUACGGACCACCAGUGUACACUCCGCACUACAGGACAACCGCAGCCUCGGAAAGCACCGUGAUGACAUCGAGUAGCAUUGCCUCGUUACGAUUGAAAGCCAGACAACACAGCAGCGGGUACAGCCUGAGCAGCAACUCGUUCAGCAUGGACAGCACUCCUGUCUCCGCUGCUGGUAGCCCAGUAGACUCCAGGGCCUCUUCUGUCGGCGGUGGAGGACCACUGAGCGCGUGUCAAUACGCUCUGGCGACCACUGGUGAGGCGAAUCCGCACUCGCCAAGCAGCGCAGAAGCUCACGUGAACGCUACAGCCAGAGCCCAAGUCUGAGGUGAAGCGGGGG